AAUGUCCUGUAGGUGUUGACGAGGAUACAACCUUGAUCGACGCCCGUAGCCACUACAGUCAAACGUAUUACUCCAUUGUUGCUGUUUUUAACACGAAAACUGGAGAUGAAAACAAGUAUGAAUUUUGCUGUGAUAAAUGGAUACCUUAUUUUCAUGGCACUUUUACAGUUUUGUAAGUCUCAGCAAGGAACAUUUACAGUGGAAACCUUAUCUCCCACUGUUGCCGGCCAUUUGAAUGGUGAUGUUAUACUUCCAUGUGCUCUUUCUCCGAAGAGCAGUGCAGUUGGAUUAGAGAUCAGGUGGGUGAGGAAGGGAUUACCAGAACCAGUCCAUUUGUACAUUAAUGGAAAUGAUAACUUUCAGCUACAAAACAAAGACUAUCAAGGAAGGACACAGCUUUACAGCGAGGAACUGAAGAAUGGAAAUGUGUCUCUACUGUUGAAGAACAUCAGACUUUCUGAUGCAGCUAAUUAUACAUGCUCUGUUCUCAGAACAAAGUGGUUUGGAGAGAGCUCAAUAGAACUGAAAGUUUUAGCCACUGGUCGCACACCCAGGAUCACUUUCGAUGGUCGUCAAGGUAAUGGGAUUGGAUUGUCCUGCAUGUCAAGUGGAUGGCACCCUAAACCCCAGGUCCUGUGGCUUUCCAAUGUUGGGACAGAUCUCACCUCUCGUUCAGAAACCAAAUUUGAAAAAGACAAAGACAGACUGUACAGUGUGCGAAGCAACUUCAAAAUUGAGGCAAAUGACCAUGACGGAGUAACUUGUCGAAUUAGAGGUCUGCAGGAUACAGAAUUAACUGAAGCCAGAGUUCAGAUCAAUGCUGAUUUGUUCCAAACCAGUUCACCCUGGAAGGCCGGUUUUGCUGUUACAUUUCUAUUCCUUCUCCUUGCACUUGGACUCCUGGGUGCAGCUUUCUUGUAUUGGAUGAAAAACAGAGUUUUUAUAGCCAUCCAGGAAUCUGAAAAGAAAGAUGAAGAAUCAUGUCAAGAGACAACAGCAAAACUAGCAGAAUCUGAAAAGCCGCUACUAGAAGAGAAAGAUAUGCACAUCAAACAUUUAGAAUCUGAGAUUACACGAAUUAAAAAAGAUAAAGAAAAUCUAACAAAACACAGAGACUCUGACAUACAACAAAUAAAAGAUGAAAAGGAUAAUCACAUCAGACAUUUGGAAACUGAGAUAGAGAAAAGUAGAAAAGAGGAAAAAAACUUAAAGGAACAACUGGGAACGGCAAAAUCAGAGAGCGAAAAGUUGAAACAAGACUGCAGUGACCUUCACAAUGAAAUAAAAAACCGAGGAUACGUCUCAAACCAAGAGCUUGAGGAGAUGCGCUCAGUACGAGCUAAUAUAACAAUAAGCCAAGACAAAUCAUCAAAGAAUGUUAAAGUGUCAGAAGAAGGAAAGAAGGUCAGGGCAAAAACAACAAUCAAGCUAACAGGAUGGGACUGUGCCAUUGCCAAUGAGAGCUUCUCUGCUGGGAGACACUACUGGGAGGUAAACAUGGGAGACAUUCCUGAAUGGAGACUGGGUGUCACAAGUAACUCAGACUUUACUGAAGAAAAAAACAAGACUAAGGCCAGGCAGUAUUACUUGGCACUGAAGUGGAAAGAUAAGAAGUUUACUGCUGUAAAUGGUGAACAAAAAACAGAGCUGACUUCAAAACAGAAGGCCAGAGUGAUUGGAGUGUUUCUGGAUUAUGACAAAGGACGGCUUUCCUUCUACAAUUUAGAUGACACUUCUCAUAUUCACACUUUGAUAUUCACCACUAAACUGCCCCUCUAUCCUCUUUUUAACUGUGUCAGCUCUGACAAAGAUCUUGUUAUUUUGUCUUAAGUAGCAAAUGGAAUGGAAGAGUCAAAGACAGACAGGACUACAGUCUUAUGUUCAAGCAGAGCAAAGUGACCUCUUACACAUGUAAUAUUACUGUGUUGUAAUAUAAAACAAAUCUGAUGGUAACCUAAUGCAUCUUAUACAUUAAUGUUUAUAGUUUCCUAUGAUGAAUUGAAAUUUAUGAAUUAAAGUAAACCACACUAUUGUUGGACUGAAAACUGAAUACAAGCUGAACUUUUCUUCUGAAGUCUCAUUUAGCGUUUUCAUGUCAGGCGUUGCAGAGAACCAAUGUGAAUCAGGCUGCUGUCAAAAAAAUGGAAUUCUCUGAAAUAUUUAGAUUUAUGUUUCUAAAUCUCCUUUUUACUUUCAGUAACUACACUGCACAGAUUGAAAACAUUUUCAGUGUUUAAUCCAAUCAUUUACAUAAUAUGGUAUUUGCCUUUGUCCAAAAAGAGUUUAUUUGUAAAUGAGAGCCUUUAGAUCAAAUAUUAUGUAAAGGUGCUGCAGGUGGUACAGCAUUCACUCAUAUUCUAGCUCUCCUUCUGAGGAAUGACCAGUUGAAGUUUUGAAAAACAUUAAUGCCAGCAUACAGCGUUAGGAGAAGUGACCAAUUCUCUUUUAUAAUGCAUAAAAAGUGCCAGUUAACAGUUAAUACUAGCAAGAAAUAUGUAUUUAGAAUAAAAAUAUUUCAAUUAGAGAACAUUUACUUCAUAGAGGUGUAUUGAAGAUUAAACACUGCCUCUUCUGCCAAAAUACUGUAUAUAUAAAAUGACACUUUAUAUUAAUGCCUUACAUGCAUAGUGAUCUCAUGCUUAUUUGUUUUGCAAAGUCAGUGUGUAUAUGAAAAAAAAAAUAGCUGGUACUAAGUAUUUAUAAAUAUUGAUUUUUUUCAUAGUUAAUGUUCCAUUUAUUCCAGAUAAAGCGCCAUUUUGCCGUUAUUUUUAUUGAUGUAGAGAACUACUUGUCCUCUAUUACUGCAUUCGUUCCUAUCAGACCCACAUUGACAGAUCUCGUACUUACAAAUGAAGCCUUUUUUAUAUGGAAUAAGAGUAGAAAGUAAGUAGUUCUGUCCAUUACAGCUAUACAUGAAUAGGAGGAAAACUAUUCUGUGCAAAUUUGUUAGUUAAUAUCAAAUUUAAAUUACUAACACAGUCAUGCAUUUAAUUCACACUUUAUAUUUUAAACAUGAGUAAUAUUUGAUUUUUUCAGUUACAAACAGCUCAAUUUUGUGUUGUGUAAAACAUCUUGAUUAACAGAAAAUAAUAAAAUAAUGUCAGCUAAACAA